AUGCAUUCCACGGUUGACCCUGCUUGGGGCGAGACUUGGCCCGUUUACCGGAGAGAAGGAGAUAUUGUAUUCCUCAAGUUCUACAAGUCAUUCGACCCUGACGACUACGCGACUCUGAUUGAAACAAACUACCUCGAUAGAGGAGCUACGUGCCAUCCAGUCAUCAUUCUCAAGCUUUCUUCCGGGGGCACGCAUGCCAUCAUUACAACAGUGUCUGCAUACGGCUCCAACGGGCACAACCAUCUACCGCCGUGGGAGCAGCCGCGCCACAUCCGAAAAUGCCCCGAGGACUUCCGUUCCUUUGAGGGCUCCGCGAGAGUGAGCAGCAGCCACAGGCUGCUCUACCUGGAGGACGGAAUGGGGAUGCCGAAACCGAACGCAUCCUGGGUCUACAUCCGGAGCCUCUGGACCGUGCCAGUCUCAGUCUUCGCAGUCUUAGACGAUGCGCCGCAGGAGCUGCGACUGACGCAGGCCAGCCUAGAGGACCUGCUCCGGCACAUGGAGGAAAGAUGCGGCCCGCGCCUGCGCGAGUGCCGUGACAGACUCGAGAGCGGCGGAGAGGCCACACCUAGCAGUGGCGCGCCUCUCGACAACAGAUAUUCUGGCAAUUAAAUCGUAAGUCUAGAGGAUCUCCCAUUGAGAAUAGUCCACAUGAUCCCAGAAUCUAACACACGAGUUGGACCAAUGCAGAAUAAGGAAAGCAGCUGGGAUCACGACGGCGCAAGGGGUGGUGGGAAACAAUAUAGACUCAGGGAAUAUAAAUGAUACCAUCAGAGUUUGCAGGUCGUAGCUAUUGUGUGAAGCCGCUGUUGCCCCGCCAUUACCAUGCCAAGCUAAUAAUAAUAACGCAAGUUGACCUAUUUCUCCCAGAAACGAAGGUUGAAGGAGUUAAACUGAAUAGACAAAGAACCAAAAAUACUUCAAGCUCUUUAACAGUCAGAAAUAAGGUGUUGAACGAGGUUGGUUGCCGGG